AUGAAUUCCAGCCAUAAUUUUAACAUUGUCGUGACUUUUGUCAAGAAGAUCAUGGCUCAUUUGGACGAGCCAGAUGCCAGCAAGUUAAAUUCAUUUUUAAACUUAUUCAACCAAUCGAGUUCGAAAGUCAUAUUCAAUGGUACACCUUUCAACCAAGCCAUGUCAUUUAUUGAAUUAUGGUCCAAUUCUAUUGUGAAGACCAACCACCUUUUAAGUUUAUUAGAUUUCCAUGAAAUACCGGGUACCAAUAUCCUAGUUAUCAACAUUAAUGGGAAAGUAAGAUUCGAUGAGUCUGGAAGGGAUAAGAAUGGACGUGACUCUAUAAUCCCAUUAAACAACACUCAGCCCACACAGAUGAAUGCAAACAUGGCGAAUAGAUCGAUCUGGGGUCCAUAUUUUGGAAUGUCUUUGCAACUGGUCAUUGAUAGUGCAAUUUUUAGAAACAAUACUGUAGGGAUCAUCAAUAGUUUCAAUUACAAUUUGAUUUAUAAACCAGAGGACUCUUUGAUUAAGAUAUAA